AUGUCGCUACAGCUCGGAACUCCAGACCGUGGUACUGAGCACAAGCAUCGCUCGUUGCCGCCAUCAGAUCUGAGACAGAGCGGGAACCUCCGUCACACAUGCUUAUUGUGUGCUGGGUUGCACACCCUAGAGGCACUCAUCCGUGAUGCCUCAGGCGACGGCGGGCGACUGUAUGGUACUGUUGAGGAUGUGGGCGGUGGAAGGCGAGACUCUGCUCGAAGAGACUUCGACGGUGACUUGCAUCAACCAAAGCCGACGGCUGAUCGGUGGCCAGCGUCAUAG